AUUAGACAUACAUUAGUUUCUGGAAGAAGAACUCCAUGAAAGCCUGAAUUUAAUGGAUAAGAUGAUGUUUAACGUGAUUCAAUUGACGAUAAUAUUAUUAUUCCUGCUUUGGAGCUCCGGUAUAAGAUGUUACAAUGUUCCUUGCACAUUCAACUCAAUGUGCAUGUGUUGGGUCCAGGAUGACGAUGACGAUUUUACAAAGAUGGAUAUCAGCUGUAUGGGAGUUCCAUUCGCACGAUUUCCUGACGUAUCGGUGAGUUAUGUGGCACAACUAGAUAUCGCUGGAUCCGGUAUACAAGUAUUGGACAAUGAUGCACUUGCGAGUUCUGCAGGUGUCGAAGCUCUGGGACUAAUGAGCAAUCGAUUAUCCAGCAUAGGUGAUAAGUCUCUGCUAGGUGUUACGGACAGUCUACGUUCUUUGGAUUUAAGCUACAAUUCCCUUGAGGAUGUGCCUUUCAAGGUUUUCCGCGAUCUAAGAAAAUUAAAUUGGCUUAACAUGCACAGUAAUCAUUUAACGUCAUUGGAUGGCGAUUGGGGUCAUACUAAAGAAACUCUAACAAACGCAUUUUUUGGUGAUAAUUCGAUUACCGAAGUGCCCAGGAUCUUUACGAAUUUCGCCAAUCUGGUAUGGUUAAAUUUAGACAGCAAUAACAUUGAGGAACUCUUCAAAAAUAGUUUGCCACCAAACAUGCACACUUUGAGCAUUAAUAAUAACCUCUUGAAAGAAUUCCCACAAUCUUUAGGAGGUCUUAAAGAACUAACUUGGCUCUAUAUGAGAGGAAAUGAUCUUAAAUAUCUGGAACUACCAGAUUUUCGCAGUUCCAAUUUGGAGCUCAUAGAUGUUAGCGAGAAUUCCAUUGAAUGGAUGAAGACACCUAAUCUGAGCAAUCACACCGUAAAAGUCAGAGACUUCAAUUUAGCUGGAAAUAAAUUAGUCUCGUUACCACGCAGAAUGUUUGAUCGUCUUGAAACCAGAAGAAUUCAUCUAUCGUCAAAUAGUAUCAGAAACGUUGACAAAGAAGCAUUUCGCGGUUUAGAAAAUAGUCUCGAAUAUUUAAAUUUAGAAAAUAAUAACUUGCCAGCAGUACCAAGUGCUGUUAGCCAGAUGAAGAUGUUAUCAUAUCUUUAUUUAGCUAAUAAUGAGAUUAAAAAUAUUUCCGGCGAGGUCUUUCAAGAAUUUGCAGAACAUUUAAAGGCUCUCUCUCUUGCAACGAACAGUCUAGAUGCAGUACCUGUAGCUGCCUUGUCCAGAUGCCAGAGGCUAUUGCACUUGAAUCUCGGUUACAACAAGAUCUCCCACGUCGAGCCGGGUGAUUUCGAGUGGGCCGAGGACCUUGAGAUCUUAUUACUCAGGAACAAUAUCCUGACGAAACUCAAAGCUGAGACUUUCAAAGGAGCCGGUAAACUAAAAGAGCUCAGCCUGUCCUUCAAUCACUUGACGGAACUCGAUGAUGACUGUUUUGUUGGUCUUGAGGAGAGUCUGGACAUUCUCGAGUUGAGUUUCGCCUUCGCUACAGAUAUUUUUCCUCAGCGCGCACUUAGGCCACUCUCAAAUCUCCGGUGGCUAGUUUUAGACAACAAUAACUUCCAGACAAUCGAGGCAACAGCUUUUUACUCCUUCCAACAACUGCGUUACAUUAACAUGGAAUCAAACAGAUUGCAUUACUUGCCCGAAAGAAUAUUUCUCUCAAGCGUGCAUCCAGAAUUAAGAGACGUCAAACUGGGAUACAAUUUCCUGGAGGCAAUACCGGAGUCAAGUUUCCAUAAUUUGACUGAGCUGCUGUCUCUUGACUUGACUGGCAAUCGAAUAAAAAUCUUGGCAUCUGGCUCCAUCGUAGAUUGCCCGAAGCUAGUGACCAUAUCGUUAGCUUACAAUCGAAUACAAAAAAUGGAGAGAAACGCAUUGUAUGGUUUGUCGAGUUUGCGUUUUCUCCAUUUGGAAUUCAAUAAGCUGACCAUGCUGGAUUUGGGUGCUAUUUCAGAGAUCGGUGGUCCCGAUUUUGCCCUAAAUGUUUCCUAUAAUGCGAUCACGUUCGUUGAUUCGGGAUCUACAAUGAAUAAUCUCACCAGAUUGGAUCUUGGAUACAAUAAUAUUAGUCAUUUAUCAGCGGAUACAUUUUACGGAACGCCCGAUUUGAAAAACUUAUAUCUGCAAAACAAUUAUCUUGCCACAAUCGAUCCUGGAACAUUUUCAUUUCCCCACUUAGAAACUCUGGACUUAAGUAACAACAGGAUAGAUACAUUGCGCAAACAAUCUUUUCACGGUUUGGAGUCCCUUCAAUGGCUGAAUCUUGGCGGAAACGAAAUAACACAGUUAUCGACAGAGCAGUUCAGAAAUCUAAAAAAGCUGAGGAUUUUGAUUCUUUCAAACAAUAAGAUUCGUUCGUUACCGAAAGAUGUUUUUGAGGGUACUAGAUUAGAAAUUCUUGAUCUCAGUCACAACAAAUUUACCGUCGUGCCCUCAUCGUCAUUCUUAGAAGUCGGUUAUACUCUGAGGGACCUCAAUAUGGCGGAGAAUUUCCUGGAUCACCUUGACUCGACUGCAUUCCCAACUUCUCAGCUGGUAUCUCUGAAUCUGGCGCAAAAUCGUUUGACUAUUCUUCCAGACAAUUCAUUCGUUUCCCUGGGAAAAUUACUGAGUCUGAACAUAUCUCAAAAUUUUCUCCAAGCAAACUUUAAAGAGCUGUUUCAUUAUUUACCAGAUUUGAGACAUCUCUAUCUGGCUAAUUGCGGUCUUAGAAGCAUACCAUUACUGCCACUGACAAACUUAAAUAAUUUGGAUUUGUCUUUUAACAACAUUGACGAGACUACUGACAAGCAAUUUCAAUAUCUAGAAGGUUUGAAGAUUCUUUUACUGGUUAAUAACUCAUUAACAUUAAUGCCCGGUGUCAGAUUGAGCCUCUUGAGAGAACUUGAUGUUUCUGGCAAUCCUAUCGAGGAAUUGACGAAAGAGAGCUUCUUGGGCUACCCGAGAUUAGAAAAAUUAAAUUUAAAAAAUUUAAAUCGGACCAGAUCAGUGGACAAAGAUUGUCUGCAACCUCUGAAAUAUUUAAAACAUUUGCGAAUUCAAACGUGGCCGCAGGCCGACGGAUUUCAUUUGCGUCAUUUGCUAUCUGGUUUACCACUUCGAACAGUGGAGAUUCAAGUAACGGAACAUCUUCUGAAGCAUCAAAUACAAAACGUUUUUACAAAACAAUUGAGAGAACUAACUAUCACCGGAAAUGAUCUUGAAUUGAUCUCCUCCGAAGCGUUCUCUACUAUCGAAGGCGGAGAUUUGAUAUUGAGAAUCAAAGACACGCACGUUCAACGACUACAGUCGGAUAUUUUUCUAUCGUUGACGAAAAGAUUGUCGCAGCUUACUUUGGACUUAAGGAACAAUCAUAUCAACGAAUUAAGUCCAUCGAUCAUUUACGGGAAUCUUUCCUGGGAGACUGUAGGAACUAACAUGGUAGCUGGUGGAUUGCAGGUAUCAGGUAAUCCACUCGAAUGCGAUUGCGAAAUUGCAUGGCUCAGUCUGUGGCUUCGCAGGUGGCUCAGAGAGUCUCGACAAAUUCAUACGGCAUCGCAAUCCGACGCGAGACAACUCAGGACCAUAGCCGGCCGAGCUGUCUGCACGGAAACAACUCCGUCUUAUUCCUCCGACAAGGUCUUAUUGACUCUGGGUACGCCACACACCGCUUGUCAAGCAUCCGCUCUCAGUUCGGGAAAUUACGAACGACUGGCGACAGCCUGGUUGGCCUUCGUCAAAUUCUUCAUCCUCGUUUUCAUCGCCAAUUAACUACGAGUUUAUAUUGCAACAUUUUUCCUUGGGCCUAGUCUUCAAAGUUCACAUUGUGAUCUUUUUUAAUGUAAGAUUUACUAAUAAAAGUAGUUAA